CGUCACACGGACUACAGGGGAGUUUUGUUGGAAGUUGCAAAGUCCUAGAGCCUCCAGAGGGCUGUCGGCGCAGUAGCAGCGAGCAGCAGCGUCCGCGCGCUCCGGCGAGGGGCAGCAGGAGCUAGAGCCGAGCGCGGACCCAGCCCCGGACCCACCGCCGCCCCAGGCCGCCUAGCAGAGCCCCAGCCAUGGCACACCAGCUCCUGUGCUGCGAGAUGGAGACCAUCCGCCGGGCGUACCCCGAUGCCAACCUCCUCAACGACCGGGUGCUGCGGGCCAUGCUCAAGGCGGAGGAGACGUGCGCGCCCUCGGUGUCCUACUUCAAGUGUGUGCAGAAGGAGAUCCUGCCGUCCAUGCGGAAGAUCGUAGCCACCUGGAUGCUGGAGGUCUGCGAGGAGCAGAAGUGCGAGGAAGAGGUCUUCCCGCUGGCCAUGAACUACCUGGACCGCUUCCUGUCGCUGGAGCCCGUGAAAAAGAGCCGCCUGCAGCUGCUGGGGGCCACCUGCAUGUUCGUCGCCUCGAAGAUGAAGGAGACCAUCCCCCUGACGGCCGAGAAGCUGUGCAUCUACACUGACAACUCCAUCCGGCCCGACGAGCUGCUGCAAAUGGAGCUGGUCUUGGUGAACAAACUCAAGUGGAACCUGGCUGCCACGACCCCGCACGACUUCAUUGAACACUUCCUCUCCAAAAUGCCGGUGGUCGAGGAGAACAAACAGAUCAUCCGCAAACACGCGCAGACCUUCGUUGCCCUCUGUGCCACAGAUGUGAAGUUCAUUUCCAACCCGCCCUCCAUGGUGGCUGCCGGGAGCGUGGUGGCCGCAGUGCAAGGCCUGCACCUGGGAAGCGCCAACAGCUUCCUGUCCUAUCACCGCCUGACGCGGUUUCUCUCCAAAGUGAUCAGGUGUGACCCGGACUGCCUCCGCGCCUGCCAGGAGCAGAUCGAAGCCCUCCUGGAGUCCAGCCUGCGCCAGGCCCAGCAGCAGAACUUGGACCCCAAGGCCGCGGAGGAGGAGGAGGAGGAGGAGGAGGUGGACCUGGCCUGCACGCCCACCGACGUGCGUGACGUGGACAUUUGAGGGCGCCGCGGCGGGGGAGGGGCCGGCCCGGGCUCCGCGGACAGAGCCGCCCAGGCCCGGCCGCCGUCGGAAGGCAGCCCGCUCCUUAGCGUCUUGGUGUUUUCCUUUGCCCUUUCUCCCUUCUGUCUCUGAGUUAAGCAAAAGAAAAGAAACGUCCCCGAAAACCUAUCUUUAAGGAAAAAAAAAAAAAAAAAAAAAAGGAGAGGAAAAAAUAGAAUUUGUAUAACCCUGAGCUGGAGGGGGGAGGAGCGUUGUGCUACAAAAAUAGAGGAUGUUAUAGCCCUUAAUCAACUAGUUUUUAUAUUCAUGUGUUUGUGUCUCUGUGUUAUAAGGAUAGGCGUUAACACAAGGAGCGAGUCUGCAAGGGAGGAUUAGAUUUGAUUCUUUAUGUGUUUCAAACAAACAAACAAAAAGCAUAAAAACAUUUAAAAAACAAAAUAGGAAAAAGUCCACAACCCAUUUUUAAGGUAGAAGAGGGUUUUAGAUAGAACUCUACCCGUGUGCUUUUCCUGAGGGCACAGCUUUAAAGCAGUUCUAGGCAUCCUGUAUCUCGCUUAUGCAUGUAGUCACUUUAUAAGUCAUUUGUUUAUUUUAUUUCGUAGGUAGGCAUGUAACCUUGACCUUGUUCAUGGCUGAUGUAACCUCUCGGCUAGGGUAGCGUAGAGUUCGGCAUUUUCAAGGUCUGAUCCUCUUUCUGCGUGUGGACCAACCACCUGAGGGGUUUGUCGGGCGCCAGCCUGCACCUCGGUGACGGAAGGCCACCUCCGACUCCUAGCGUCCACUACUAGAAAGAGAAACCGCAAUAGUGACCUAAUAUAUUCUAUUUUUAUAAUCUUCAUAUUUUUGUAGUUACCUGUUUAUGAGGUGCUGGUUUUUCACCCAACAGAUCUGCAGCCUGCUCACAUCCAGGUGAAAUCUACAGCUGUUUUUUUGUUUUUUGUUUUUGUUUUUUUGUUCCUUCUCAAUAUUCCAAAACCAUUCCAUUUCAAAGCACUUUCAGUCUCUAGGUGACAUCUCUGUGUAUGUUGUGUGUGGAGGGGGCGGGGAACGGUUUCUUAAUGGAAUGGUUUGGGAAUAUUCCAGUACUUGGGUGCAGACAGGAUGGCGAGGCAGGUGCUUGUCAAUAUGGUGUUAGCGAAAGGGAGAUGAUAUUUUGGAGGGCUAGGUUCCGGUCCAGGAGAAGAAAACGUGCAUUCAUUCUCACACUGCCAGGAUGAUGUGUUCCUUUCCUUUUCUGUAGAGAAGUUGAAGUUUAGGGAUCCUUCAGUGCCAACUGGUGUUUGAAAGUAGGGGCCUUAAAGGUUUACCUAGAGAACCAGCAGUUUCAGAGUUAUCUUUAGAUGUUUUGCAACGGAAGGUUUUUAAACACUAAAAUAUAUAAUUUAUAGUUAAGGCUAAAAAGAAUAUUUAUUGCAGAGGAUGUUCGUAAGGCCAGUAUGAUUUAUAAAGUAAUGCAAUCUCCCCUUGAUUUACACACACACACACACACACACACACACACUUUUCUGCCUUAGAUGUUGCAGGUGUAGGACAGUUUGUUCAAGUUAGGUCCUUUUAUAAGAGAGGGAAAAAAAUCCCGAGAAAAAAACACAAAGACAUGGAUUUGGCUAAUUUGGCCUGAUUGGCUUUUCGCAGAGUGAUCCAACUGGAGAGGUGUCAGAGUUAUAAGCACAAUUAGGAUGCUGGAAACAAGUUCAGUUCCAAGUUCAGUUCCAGUACGAUCUCAUCCCCGAACCCUCCUUUCAAAAAAGAAAUUUAGCAACCGCUAGAUAAUUUGCACAUCUUGGCUAUGUACCUUUUUGUAAUUAUUCUGUAGGGAGUGUUGAAGGGAGCGAGGAGGUGAGGGAGGAAGUGUGCGGAGGGGAGGUGGGCGGGGACCACGCGAGGGACAGGCUGCGGCUCCAUUUUCUUUAUUCGCUGCUACCGAUGACUUCCCAGUACAGUUUGGAAACAGAUGCAUAUCGCUUCUCUUAUCUUUCACAUUGUUUUGCUGCUAUUGGAGAAUCAGUUUUUUUUUGUUUUACAAUGUCAUAUACUGCCAUGUUCUAGUUUGAAUUUUCUCAUAGAAAAAAUGUAUUACGGAUGCCUUUUUUUUUUUUGGUAGUGUUGUUGGGUUUUUUUUGGUUUUUUUUUUUUUUUUUUUUUUAAUGUGAUCAAUUUUGACUUAAUGUGAUUACUGCUCUAUUCCAAAAAGGUUCCUGUUUCACAAUACCUCAAGCUUCACUUAGCCAUUUGCAGACCAGGUGGUCAGGCUCUGUCUGCUGCUUCGGCAGACAGACACGCGGACGAGAUCCCAAAAAGGACCUGGUGGGGAGCCCCACCCCGCCGGGCCGCGUUCACGAGGACCCCCGGGUGUCUCUGGAGACAGGCCAUGUCCGUUUCCUUUGCCCUGCGCCUGUUAUGCUGGACUCUCCAUCUGACCUGGGAUUUACCAUCAUCGUAGUUUUUACAGCCCGUAUCGUUCUUUGCGUAUAGUUAUGAAAGUUGCAUUAUUAUUAUUAUUAUUAUUAUUGUAACAAGUAUGUCUUAAUGUGCCACUGUGGUGCUGUGCUGUAGGACUCGGUCAUUUGGCAUGAUUGGAAUCGCUUCUGGCCUGUGUCACAGUUUGGGGUGUGUUGUAUCUGUUACUAGUGUUCUGUUUGUUGUUCUGGUCAUUAUAGCAAAAGUGCUCCUUUAAAGAGACUUCAAAUCUCAAUGAAGCCAGCCAACAGUGCUGUGUGCCCAAGAGCCGCCUAACACGCUGCCGAACCAAAAGGAUUUGGAUUUGCACCGUCCGCGGCGGCCCCAGGUGGGGCAGCCCGUGUGCUUCAAGGCCAUUGGCAGGUGCAAACCCGCCCCACCCCACCCCUGCAGGAACACUGCUUCCGCUUACCUCAACCAUUCUGGCUGCGGCGUCUCUGUCUGAACCAAACGGGGUCCGUGAGGGACGGUCUGUCCGUGGUGGGGGGUGAGAUGUGUGCGCUCUAAGGCCAGAGGCCAGUGGCAGGUCCGGGAGCGCAGGGAGUCUGCCCCGUGACCCGCAAGUCUGAGGGUCCGGGCGGGCAGGCACUUGGGGGUCUGUGUGUGUUUUUGGUUGCACACCACGGUGUUUCCCAGCACAGACAUGUAACCGGCACGUUUCCAGCAGGAAACAAGACAAACGUGGAAAGUCUAGAAAUAAAAUUGGUAAAACCCCA